AAUAUGAGCAAAAAUAUUUUACCGAAGGCAAAUCUCAGAUGCAGACGGACUAGAAAUAACUAUUUGACAGAAGCAAGAGAAAGAGUGCUAAAAUCAGUCCCGGUGAAUAGGUCAUUUCUGGACAGAGGUUUCAGGUCCGGAGGCGUUUGAAGGAAAAGAAAAAUCCUAUCAAACAUGCGCUCAAGAAUUAGACCGAUAAGGGUGUCCAGAGAUCCAAGCACAGAAAGAAAUAUAUCUCCUUGGAAAUGGAAGGAGUCCAGAGCAAAUAAAAUACAGAUGAUAAACCAUACAAUCGAAAAAGCGAAGAUAGAUCACUGGAAAACUCAAUUAACAGAUGUGAAACUCCAACAUAUUGAUUGAUUUUCUGAAAGAGAAACCAACCUGAGUGUCAUUAAUUAUAAUGUUAACAAAAGGAUAUCAGAAACCGCAAUGAAACUUGAGAAUUCUUCAGAUUCUUCUUCAGAUUGCCCAGUAAAUUCAAAGAAAAACAGCAAGUUUUCUGUAACUCAAACCCGAAGGAAAAAGCCAGUUAAGAAAAACAUCAGUGAAGUACCUAGUGUUUUUACAAACAUGGAUAUGAGCACAAAUGUUAACACAAACAUGAACAAUUUUGAUAAGAAGAUUCAUGUUCCUUCUGAUAAACCGAAUGUGGUUAAAGCUCUGAACCUAGCAAAGAGGAGGUGUAAAUAUAAAUGAGCGAAGUUGAAGAUUGGGAGUAUUAAAAACUUUUCUCCAAAUUCCCAACAGUCCAUAAACCACAUGAUACAAGAUGUAUUGUCAAGGACUAACAUAAAACCAAAAGCACAAAAUAAUCCUCUGAAAAUUGAGACUUAUGAGAAGAUCAGUCUAAGAAAAGAUAAGAAAGCAUGGAGUACCUACCGUAAUAUGAAGAAAAAGACCACUUAUCCUGUUAAAGAAAGUACUAUUCCUUAUGAAAUCCUCUUCAAUCCAGAUAUUGAUGAAGUGAGAAAUGAGGAAAUGAUACAAAAUCAAAAAGUUAAACCGAUCACAUUCCAUAUCGAGGAAACUGAUGGAGGCAAGAAUGUUAAGUAUGAAGUUGAGGGAGGAGGAAAGAUAUUUGAAACAAUGGUAGUUAGACAAAAUGAAGAAGUCUUCUUCAAUUUUCUCAAUGAUUUCAGUAGUAAUAAAUCCCAACUAAAGAAAAUGAAAACAAGGAUUGAACAACUUCAGAGAAGAGGCACUAAAAAGAUGAAUACUUUCAGAUCAGGAUUGAGACAUAUAUCUCCUGUGAAACAAUUCUCUGGUCUUCUGCCACCUUCAGCCUCAAGUGUUAGCCCACAUAAACAUAGAAUUUCUCAUUUCCAGCAUUCAUCAAGAGUAAUCCAACCUAUCCCAAAACUGAAAACCUUUGCCUCAAGACAAUCAGUUGGCUCAAGGGAGAGCCAGGAUUAUUCUUUUUCUCCGAUAAAAGUAACUGCUCCAAAAUUAUCUGAUACAGAGAAAGAACCUGAAAAACCAAAAGGAGGAUUAAAGAAAAAGCUCUCUCGAUCUUUCAGAGGCUCAAGAAAUUUUGAAGACUCCUCUGUUUCAAGCAAUAGAGACUCUCUUUCAUGAAGAUCUUCUAUAAUAUCACUGAAGAUAACUCACUGAGAAGCAAAGGAAGAACCUCCAGUGAGUAUGGGAAGGUCGAAGGAUUUAGAAAUAGUUGAUGAGUCAGAGCCAAGCUCAGAAUCAAGUUCAAGUUCAGGAUCUGAUUCAGAGAAUCUUCAUAUUGGUGUUUCCAGUAAAAAUCAUAACCUCACGGUGAAACCAAACAAGCAUCCUAGGAAGUCACAAUCUAAAAAGGUGAGUCUAGUCGGGCUUUUAAGGAACGGCAUUCAGAGAUCUGCUUCUCCUUGUCAGAAGGAAGUCCCUUUAAAGAAAAGUUCUUGACUUGUAAAGUCAACUCGUAAAGUCCCUCAAAGACUCAGUGCACAGAAGAAAAGAAGUAUUUUCAUGAACAAAAUGAGGAGUGUUGGGAUGUCAAAAAUCCAGGAAGGUGUUAAAUUAGAGAAGAAGGGUUCUGAAUUUACUAUCAAGAAGGGAAACCAAAAUAAGUUUAGAGUGCAAAUUCCCAAAAACAUAAUGUUUAAAAAAUACCAGAGUAUUAUCCAAGAGAUGGGUAAUGGCAAGCAGUCAAGAAUGAGUACGAUCAGAGAUCAUAGCGUUACUUCUGAAGAGGAUGACAUAGUCUCUGCUAUAAAUCAAGCACAAGACCCUAAAACUGGCAUGUUCUUUUUCGAUAUCGAAAAUCCUAAUAAGAUUAUUCAAAGAGUUCUCCAGCCUAAGAAAGAAAAGAAGAAAGUAUUGAAAAAGAAUAUAAUCGAUCAAAGCUUGAAGCCUAAGUAUGGUGCAAAAUGGUACAUAACCCCCAAAAAUUGGAACAAAACCUACAAAGACGAACUUAGUAAAAAGGAUAAGACUGAAGAAGUAGAAAAGAAAGAGAAAUUGAAGACAAACUCAACUCUCCAUAAAUUAAUUGAGACUCAUAAGUUAUCUACCAAGAAAAAGUCUCAGCUCAAGAAAAAAUCAGAAGGAAGUUUCUCUGAUGCUUCUGAUUUUGAAACUAACUCCAAAGAUUCUAUUGAGAAUUUCGAAGAUCAGAUGAUGAAGGUUAUAGAUAAAGAAAAAUAAUAC